GAGGUUAUCCACGACUGCCUCGACUUCGAGCGCGCGGCCUACCUGCACGUCGACUGGCGCCAGCUGUCCAAACUCGAGAUGCUGUUCCUCGACUGCCGCGGCUACAGCCACGGCGUGAUCGAGCGCCGGGAGAUCGUCGACCUGGCCCGCGCGCUGCGGUCGUCCGGCAUGCCGCUGCGGCUGCUGGUCAUUGCCGGCCUGCGCUCGUACCACCGCUACCCCGGCAGCGAAGCCCUGACUAUCGAUGAGGUCGAGAGCGGCGUCCCCGGCCCGGAGCAGGACGUCGUGUAUAACGACUCGGGUAAUGGUGUUAACUGGUGGCUCAUGUUCAGGCGCGCCGUGCAGCCCGGAGGCAGGCUAAUUUUUAUUGACAAGAAAGAAACGAAGAUGGCGCAACUCGACGAGAAGCGGGGCCCGAGACCGGCAACCGGCCGAGGCUUGAACAAGGGCGCCGCCACCCGACCCUCACCACUGGUUAACCUCUGGGCGCCUCUUUUUGGCUCCCGGACGGCUCCCGUUAGCAGAGCUUCCAAAACCCAAAGUGGCCGAGAUCGAGAUCGAGAUCGAGACCGACACCGUGACGAAGGGCCGGGCCGGACACACCAUCGUGCUCAGCCUCGCCCUUACGUCAAGGUGGAACUGAUGCCUCUCGAUCCCCGCUACACCCGCUUCGAGCUCAACGCCAGGGUUGGCUUGGUCAUUUCCAAGGUUAUCCAAUACAUAUUCCAGCGAUAUGCACAGAGGAAGAACCCCGUGUCGCCGGCGGCGCAAAUUCGCCUCUAUUCAGGCGGCCAAGAGCUCGGCGACCAUGACACUAUCACCCCCGAAAAGCGCAAAAUAUGGUACAGCAUGUCACGCCCCGAAGACGCCGAGCGGUGGAAGUUCACGCACUGGCAAGACGAGACCAACGGCCGGCUAGACGGAGACCUCACCGACGGCCUGGUCAGUGCCAUUGAGGCCGGGGCCACCGUCGGCGAGCUCAGACGCAAGAUUGCCGACCACAUGGGCAUCGCCGACGCCCAGCGCAUAGUGCUCAUUGGCCGGGAUGGCAUGCGGCCUGGCCUGUUGCAGGGGAACAGCUGGGUGGCCAGCAGGAUCAAGGGGAAGUGGUGCUGCCGUUGGAUCGCCAUCGACGUCAACCCGGAAAAGUGCUACGUGAUACUCAAGGGCCAGGGGAGGGAAUACGUCUACCACCCCGACCCGUCGUACGUGCGGCGCGGCCUUGACCUGAUGUCUAUCCGGACCUACAUGGCCCUGCGGAUAUUCCCCUACAUAUGCCCGCUAGGGGCCGAGACUAAGCUCGACCUACCGCGCAGAAGCAUUGCUCUAAGUCUCGGAGACGAAGACGAAGACAACGGCGACGGCGACGACGGCUGCCUCGCCAGUUCGGGCGAUGUGAGCUGGGGGGCGACGUACCGCUUUGAGCUCCCGGCCGAUGCCGCCGAGGUCUUCUCGGACGAGGAGACAUGGCUGCUGCCCAAGAGCGAGACGUGCAGUAUCUGCAUCGAGGACAAGAGCAUCAGCGAGCUGCCCGUCAAAGUCACCGCUGAGUGCACGCACAAGCCGACGGCCUGUAAGGACUGCCUGAAGCAGUGGCUGGCGUCCGGUCUUGAAUCCGGCACUUGGGACCGGCUCAAAUGCCCCGACUGCUCGCAGGUGCUCGCGCACGGCGAGGUGAAGCGAUUCGCCUCGGGCGAAACGUUUGUGCGGUACGACGGCCUCGCGACACGCGCGGCGCUCAAGGACGUGCCUAACUUCAGGUGGUGUCUGUCGACGACGUGCGAGUCGGGCCAGAUCCACGACGACACGUGCCCGACGUUCAAGUGCGCCGCCUGCGACUUCAGCCACUGCGUCGCGCACGACGUGCCCUGGCACAAGGGCGAGACGUGCGACGAGUAUGACAGGCGCAACCGCCAGCGCAAGAAGCAGGAGAAGGCCUCCGAGGACAUGAUCAAGAAGACGAGCAAGAACUGCCCCGAGUGCAACAAGGCCGUGCACAAGUACACUGGCUGCAACCACAUCACCUGCGUCUGCUCGCACGAGUGGUGCUACAAGUGCCUCGCGCCGUUCCAGCGCAACGAGCACGGUUUCCUGUACUGCCACCACCGGCCGACCUGCACGGAGCGGGACCCGUUCGCCGACCUCGUCGACCCGGCGGGCGCCGGCGCGGCGGGG